UGUAUCCUUCCCUUCUUGGAAGAAAGGAGAAGCAUUUCUUCCACAAAGUGAAUGAAAAACUUUCCAAACCAAACAUCUUCAUCCUGAACAAUCGUUGGGAUGCUUCAGCAUCGGAGCCUGAAUACAUGGAGGACGUGCGGAAGCAGCACAUGGAGCGCUGCCUGAUGUUCUUGGUGGACGAGCUCAAAGUCGUGGACCCUUCCGAAGCCCAGAACCGAAUCUUUUUUGUUUCGGCCAAGGAGGUCCUCAGCGCCAGAAAACAGAAAGCUCAGGGAAUGCCGGAGGCAGGGGGUGCGCUCGCCGAGGGAUUUCAGACGCGGUUCCAGGAAUUCCAUCACUUUGAGAAAGUGUUUGAGGAGUGUAUCUCGCAGUCAGCCGUGAAAACCAAGUUCGAGCAGCACACUGUCAGAGCUAAACAGGUCCUAGAUACUGUGAAAAACAUUAUGGACUCCAUCAACGUGGCGGCAGCUGACCAAAGAGUGCGGUCCAUGGAGGAGCGAGAGGACCAGAAGGACAGGCUGGAGUUUGUCCGGAACCAGCUCAACCUCCUCACGGACGACAUCAAGCUAAAGAUCAAAGAGGUUACGGAAGAAGUCGCGAACAAGGUGUCUUCUGCCAUGACUGAUGAAAUUUGUCGACUUUCAGUACUGGUAGAUGAAUUUUGCUCUGAUUUUCACCCGUCUCUGCAAGUUUUGAGAUUAUAUAAAAGCGAGCUCAACAAGCACAUAGAAGAAGGCUUGGGAAGGAACCUGGCCGACCGGUGCUCCAGUGAAGUCAACAUGUCCAUGUAUCAGUCACAGCAGAAUAUGAUUGAAAACCUGAAGCCGCUUUUGCCUUCCGGGGUCCAGAACCAGCUCCACGUGCUCAUCCCGUGCAGGACGUUUGACCUCAGCUACGAUCUGAACUGCCACAGCCUGUGCGCAGAUUUCCAAGAGGAUAUCACGUUCCGCUUUUCCUUGGGCUGGAGCGCCCUGGUCAGUCGGUUCCUCGGCCCAAAAAGCCCUCACCGGGUGCUCCUGGGCAUGGCGGAGCCCACCCUCGCCCUCCCGAGGUCUCUAGCCUCAACCCCCUGCAUCGCCAGCACCCCCACCUUGGCUGCAGAGAACCCAUCGCAGGAAGAGCUCAUGGUUUCCUUGGUAACAAAUUUGGCAUCGCUGACAUCCCGGACCUCCAUGACCAUCAUCAUUGUCGGAGGAGUGGUCUGGCGGACGGUCGGCUGGAAGGUCAUCUCCCUCUCCUUGAGCAUGUACGGCCUGCUGUAUCUCUACGAGAGGCUCACCUGGACAACGAAAGCCAAAGAGCGAGCUUUCAAGCGGCAGUUUGUCAACUAUGCCACUGAAAAGCUGCAGAUGAUUGUCACCUUCACCAGUAGAAACUGCAGCCAUCAAGUGCAACAGGAAAUGGCCACGACGUUCGCUCGUCUCUGCCAGCAAGUUGACAUCACCGAGAGGAACCUGGAAGAAGCGAUCGCCCGGUUGUCCAAAGGAAUUGACCAGCUAGAGAAAAUCCAGAGCCACUCCAAGCAGCUACGGAAAAAAGCCGUUCAGCUGGAAGGAGAACUCGAUGGUUUCACAAAGCAGUUUCUCCAACCAAAAUAGAGAGAAGCUUUCGUCUUUCUCCCCGCUGCCCCAGUGCCCCUGUAGGAAGCGCCAGAUGGAUCUUAAAAGAUGAUGUGAUUUUUCCACACUCAAGCCACAUGAAUUUUUUCAAGCUCCGUUUCUCUCUCUCCACUGCCGCCCAACUCCUUUUUGAUGCUUAGAUAAUGAACUGGGCCUGGAGGUGCGGGAGACGGAAAGUAUUAUUUAACCACUGACUUGGAUCAUUUUGCAAUUUUUCUCAAAAGUAAUUAUUUAUAUUAACGGGUGAAUAUAUAAUGUAUUAUUUGGAGAUGUAAAAAAGAAAAUCCAAGAAAAAUAAAUGAGCAAGAACUUAUAGUAUUUUGUAUUAGCUUUUACCCCCGGGGCAAUCUUUUCUUUCUGGCAUCCAGGAAGAGGAAACCCCCCCAAAAAACCUCCUUUGUAAAAUUAACUCUUAGAGCCAAGCUAGACAGGAUGCCGUCCCUGGGUUCACGUCUCCAUUUUGUAGAGUUCUGAAACACCUUUAAAGAGCAUCGUGGGGGCCCAGUUCUAAUCAGGGUCACCCUACUGAGAGGAGGGGCCCCGCGCAGCAGCGGUCCCGACCAGGAUGAUACCAGGGACUGCAUCUCGUCUACUUUGGUCCUUAGCUGGAAUUCUCUGUGGGAAUGUGUGUUGCUGACUUUUUCUGCAGCUCAGUUACAGAGCUUAAGUACUGAGUAGGGGUGUGCAAUUUUUUUUUAAUCCGUUAUUUUUUUUUGUUCGGGUCUGUUGAAC